AUGAACCGACAGAACCCGGGACAGGGCACGCUGAGCAUGGCUUAUCACUCUCGGAAGCGACCUGCUGCCGUCCUCGAUAAGAGCGAGGAUGAUUAUGAAGCGGGCCAGCGCUCCACUAACGCCUUUAAAAGGCGGGAGCAAGCUCUAGCAAAGGCGCCGACUAGACACAUGGUGAUAACCAUUAGAUACUCUGAACAGGCAGCCUACCAAGCCAUGAGAAAGGAGAUUAUCCACACCCCUGACCUUAGCGACAUGUACAAUAAUAUCAUGCACACGGUUACUACCACUCGGUAG